UCUGGAAACUGGCUCGAUGAAGUUGACCGCACAACUUUAGUUCCAGUUGUGACUCCAAUAGAAGGUACGCCUAUUGAAAUAAAUCCAUUACGCGAAUCUCUUCAAACGGCAACAUACAUUACAAAAAAUUUCGAUUCUCCCUCAUAUAGAAUGGGCAGGAAAAUACACGAAGCGAUUAUCGCAGAUACUCCCCCUCAAAAUCAAGAAAAUCAGCAAAAAUACAUUCCUCGAAAUUAUCUAGCAUCCAAAUGUCAUCAAAUUUGGCAUGCUGAUAUCCACUAUUGGAGGAAACGAAUAGGCAAAUAUUUGUUUGCGAUAAUAGACGACAGAUCGCGAAAAAUCAUAGAUUUUAAUUUAUUUACCGAAAAAACAGCUCAAAAUACAACUGCAGUUCUUAAAAGAGCAUUAAGUACUCUACCUCAACCACCAUACGCUAUUUGGACCGAUAACGGCCUUGAAAAUAAAAGCUCAUUUCAUCAACUUUUGGUUGAACGUGGAAUUGAGCAUAUUUUCAUUCAACCGGGCAAUCCACAGGCAAAUGGUAAGAUUGAGAGAUGGUGGCCAUACGUGGAAAGAAACUGCAAGUCAGAAUCAGAUCUUCCACGGGUCAUCAGAUUUUACAAUAAUAUGCCCCAUUCUUCUUUGCCUGUGAAUCCUGAAACGAACGUUUACUUUACGCCGAAUGAAUUCGAGGCCAGUGAAAUUGAUGAUCACUGGUAUCGAAAUCCAGAACAAGAACCAUUCUGGAUAGUCGACGGUCAAUUAAAAAACCUUAAGGAAAGCAUUGACGAGUUCAGAAAAUGA